AAAGCAGUAAACUUAGUAAACUAAGCGUCAAUGAGUUAGUUAACAACUACUUUUCUAAAAUGAGCUCUAAAGCCCCUGAUAUUUUUGAAACAUCUUCUCCAGGUUACCCUAGGCGAUUAUUAGAGAAUUUGCAAUCCAUCUGGACUGAAAAUAAUUUCUGUGAUGUAACGAUAUUGAUUGGAAGGAAGCGGUUCCCUGCUCACCGAAAUGUCCUUGCUGCCUCCAGUCCAUUUUUUAAAGCAAUGUUUCUAUCGGGAAUGGAGGAGCAAAAAAGAAGCGAAAUAGAAUUGCAUGAGAUGUCUGCUGGAAUAUUCAAUACAAUUAUUUCCUUCAUGUACACAGGUUAUAUUAAAGUUGAUGUUGACACAUGUCAAGAGAUACUGGCUAUGGCUGAUAUGCUAGGAAUUGAUGAUGUUGUUGACAUAUGCAGUGAAUUUUUAAUUGAAAACAUUACACCAUAUAACUGUGUUGGCAUAUAUGCUUUUGCUGAUGCUCAUAACCUGACUUCCAUGAAACGUCAGUCAGAACUCUACAUUGAAAAAAAUUUCAUUUUAGCAACUAAAGCAGGUGAAUUCACGCAAUUGGAAUUACCUCUAGUCCUAGCUAUAUUAGGAAGUGAAAAGCUGCAUAUAGAAUCAGAAGUGCAGGUUCUUGAAGCUGCAGUGGAUUGGAUAUUACAUGAUGUAGUUUCUCGAAGAAAGUACCUUCUUCAAAUUUUGAACCAAGUCAGAAUCAAUCUUGUCUCACAAAAACAACUUUUUUGUAUAAUUGACUCAUGCAACGAUCAUGGUAUCAAAAUAGCAUUGACAAAUUUUGCCUCUAAACAUGACAAGUUUAAAAUGUUAAAAACCCUAAGUCUUUACUUACCAAUUAAAAAUGUGAACACUGCUACAUGGCCCAGACAAAAUGCAAAGAAAUACAUUUAUGUGAUAGGUGGCUUUUCAAGAGUUAAACAGUCUUUUGUUAGUAGUAUAAAUACAUUAGACAGUGUUGAAAGGUAUGAUGUGUUCUCCCAAAAAUGGCAGCCAUUCCAUGGUAUGAACAACCCUCGCAGCAGUCACGGGUUGGCAGUGCUUGACAGAAAGAUCAUCGUGGCAGGCGGAGAAGAUGCAUCUUUAAUAUCAGAUUCAGUUGAAAGCUUUGACCCUGAUGAAAAUUACUGGAUCUCACUGCCCAGCAUGAAUCAGCCCAGGUACGGCCUUGGCCUUGUGUCACUGAAUGGCUACGUGUAUGCCAUAGGGGGAUAUGUUGGCUCUCAAAUAGGCGCUUCUGUUGAAAGAUAUGAUCCAGUUGAAAGGAUGUGGCUGGAAAUUGAUAAAAUGCCAAAUCCAAGAUUUUCAAUGGCUACAGUUGAAUAUGAAGGGCUCAUCUAUGUGGCUGGAGGUCUGUCAGAGCUGUACACAGAAUCUGAUGCUGUAGAGAGUUACAAUCCUGUGACUAGGGAGUGGUGUCCCCUUGCCAGACUCAAGUUUCCAAGGGCAUAUCAUGGAUUGGUUGCCUGUGAUGGAUACUUGUAUGCUAUUGGAGGUUUCAAUGAGUACAAGGGUUCUUUGAAAUCAGUAGAAAAAUAUUCUAUACGAGAGAACACAUGGACGGUUGUGUCUUCCAUGUCCAUCAGUCGGGCAGGCUCAGGUGUAGCAUUGGUAGAUGGGAAAAUUUACGUCUUUGGUGGACGAUCUCAAGAUGUGGAGUUGGCUGGCUUGAAUGGUUUUUGCCCCUCUGUUACUCUAGACAGCUGUGAGUGUUAUGAUCCUGAGAAGGAUUCCUGGACCAGUAUUCCCAACAUGGCAUUUGAGAGAUGUGAGACUGUGGCAAUUGUUUUAUGACAGUAAUGGUAGCUGUAGGCUAUGUGAUGGUUUAUUUAUAUUCUGAUGGGUUUGGUGGUAUUAUAUUUAUACUUCAUGUAACAGAUUUCGUCUUGUCUGUGAAUGACAGUGUUAAAUUGGUGGAGAAUAAUGUUGAAGAACUUUUGUGCAUUACUGCUCAUUUGAAUUGUCUGUUUGGUUCAAAUGUAUUAAUUAAAUUAUUAAUAUUGUAUUUUCUAAUAUAUUUAUUUUUUAUAUACUUAUUAUUUAACAAUAUUGACAAUUGUUUCCAGUGUGAUAUAAUUAAAAUGCAUUUUACUUUGUUUAUGUUUACAGAGUUUAAUUUUGAACACAUAAUUUAUUUUGUAUUAUUAUUUUUGUAAAACUCGAUAAGUCGGCAAAAUAAGUAACCUAUAUGAAUUAGAUGUUCGGCUAUAACCAUAAUAUUAAAAUAUAAUCUGUAUUUUCGUUUAUUCUACAUUUCGACGAAAGAAGGGGAAUAAGUUUCGGUACAUUUAAGAGUUUAAAUUUCGGGUUGUUUCCCUUCAGCAGGUAACCAGUUACUAACUACUAGGCUUACUGUAACUAAGUAGAAUCUAUAAAUUGAGCUUUCUAAAAACAAAAUGACGGCAGUUUAGAUUCUCAAAUUAUUAUGCUUUUUUAAAAAAUACAUACAUUUAUAAUUUAAUGUAUAUCAUUUUUGUGAGGACAACAAUCUAUCUUGUUUUCCUCUGACUAGAUCUAUAUCUAGUCUCUGAACAGUUGAGGCUGUACGAUCUGUA